AUGGCUUCUGAUGAUUCUACAAAAACCACAACUGAAGAAGAUUUUACUCACGAUAAUUAUGGUAUUUUGCCAUUAAUUCAAUCGAAAGAAAAAUGCGAUCAUGAAUUAUUUCCUGUCUGUGAUAUAAAUGAAACAUUAACUAAACAAACAAUAUGGGUUCGUGGUCGUCUUCAUACAAGUCGUGGUAAUAAAAGCAAACAAUGUUUUAUAGUUAUUCGUCACCAAUCAGCUACAAUUCAAGCAUUCAUUUGUGUUAAUGAAAAUGUUAGUAAAGCAAUGUUUAAAUUUGCUGCAUCUAUUCCAAAAGAGAGUAUUAUUGAUAUUGAAGGUGAAGUUUCUUUAGCUCCAGUACCAAUCCAAUCGUGUACACAAAAAAAUGUUGAAUUACAAGUAACAAAAAUAUUCGUUGUUAGUCCAGCAGAACCUCGUUUACCACUAUCAAUUGAAGUUGCUAUGCGUCCAGAUGAACUGAAUGCUUAUUUACCACAUGCCAAGCUAGGCACACGUCUUGAUAAUCGUGUGAUUGAUUUACGUACACCAGCUAAUCAAGCUAUUUAUCGUGUUGAAGCAGGCGUUUGUAAAUUAUUUCGUGAUAUACUUGAUGCUAAAGGUUUUGUUGAAAUUCAUACACCAAAAAUUAUUUCAGCUGCAUCGGGAGGAGGUGAUAUUUUAUAUCCAGUAACUUAUUUUAAAUCAACUGCUUAUUUAGCACGAUCACCACAAUUUUAUAAACAAAUGGCAAUUGCUGCUGAUUUUGAAAAAGUUUAUACGAUUGGAUCAGUUUUCCGUCCUGAAGAACUGAGAAAAUUAACUGAAUUUGUUAGUCUUGAUCUUGAAAUGGUAUUUAAUUAUCAUUAUCAUGAAGUAGUUGAUACUAUUGCUGAUUUAUUUACACAAAUUUUCAAAGAUCUUGCCAAACGAUUUGCCACAGAAAUCGCUAUUAUUAAUAAACAGUUUCCAUGUGAACCAUUUCAAUAUGUUGAACCUGCUUUACGUCUUGAAUAUAAAGAUGGUCUUGCCCUACUUGCUGAAGCUGGUGUUAAAAUAGGUGCAGACGAUUAUUUGAGAACUGAAAAUGAACGUAUUUUAGGUCGUAUUGUAAAAGCUAAGUAUCAUACUGACUUUUACAUUCUUGAUAAAUGUCCAUUAGCUGGACGACCAUUUUAUACAAUGCCUGAUCCUAAUAAUCCUAAAUAUUCAAACAGUUAUAAUAUGUUCAUGCGUUGUGAAGAAGUUCUUUCUGGUGCUCAACAUAUUCAUGAUUCUCAAUUAUUACUCGAACGUGUAAACCAUCAUAAAAUCAAUGUUGAUCAAAUCAAAUAUUAUAUUGAUGCAUUUCGUUAUGGUUGUCCACCACAUGCUGGCGGUAGUAUUGGUUUAGAACGUGUACUAAUGCUUUAUUUAGGUUUGGACAAUGUACGAAAAACUUCAAUGUUUCCACGCGAUCAAAAUCGAGUUACACCUUAA